AUGAAACACUUAGCAUGGAACUACCGAGGGCUUGGGAACCCUCGGACAGUUCGUGAGCUUCACCUGAUGGUGAAGGAAAAGUGCCCUAAUGUUGUGUUCCUGAGUGAAACAAAAUGUAGAAGGAAAAGAAUAGAACUUACCCGAGACAAACUAAGUUUUGACCACUGCUUUUCUGUUGACAGUAUUGGAAGGAGUGGGGGUAUUGCCAUAUUUUGGAAAAGAGAAAUAGAAGCUGAACUAGAUUCCUACUCUCAUAAUCACAUAUCUAUUUCAGCUUCCUCUAACAUCCCAAGCAAGAAAAGGACCGUAACAGGUUUCUAUGGACAGCCUACUACUGCUAAAAGAAGUGCUAGCUGGGAUCUCCUUAGGCUUAUUCAUUCCAGAACUCAUAAUCCCUGGUUGUGCAUGGGGGAUUUUAAUGAGAUCAUGUUCCAAGAUGAGUACUUUGGCUCUAACACCCGCCCCUUUAAGCAAAUGGAAGAAUUUAGACUGGCCUUAUCAGACUGUGGACUUAUGGAUAUUGGCUUUGGAGGGUCAAAGUUUACUUGGUGUAAUAAAAGGGAGGGCUUUGAAUUCACUAAAUGUGGUUUGGAUAGAGCCCUAGUCAAUGAUGAAUGGCUUAACCUUUUUUAUUCUAAUCAGGUCUUAGUCCUACCAGGACAAUGUUCAGAUCACAAUCCCUUGUUUAUUAAUUGCUUCAACUCUGCCCAAGUAAAGGCCCCUAAGCAUAAGAUUUUUAGAUAUGAAGUUGCAUGGGGUAAAAGAGAAGGAUGCACUGAACUCAUUAAAGCUGCGUGGUUACAGAAACCCCCUCAGGCUUCCAAGCUUGAUUUUACUCGAGAAGGAUUGAAUGUAUGCAGGGAUAAGCUCAAGAUUUGGAGCAAGGAGGCUUUUAGACAGCAGAAAAGGCUCCUUUACCAGAAGAGAGAACAACUUAGACUAUUACAAGUCCAAUUCUGGUCAGUUUAG